UUAAAAAGACCAUCCAUCGUCGUGGAAGGUGUCUGGAAGGAUGGAAACAGUCACGUUUAUUAAAUAUUAAACAUUAUCUGAUCUAUGGAGUACAGCGGUGGUACAAACUAGUACUGAGCGGGUACUGGCGUCACUAAAACUGCUAAUUUUCGCGCAAUGUGUGAAAGCUGGAUUAAGGGAUGCUGAGGGAGGCGGAGGCGCUCAGAAAAGAGAGAAUAAAGAGACGGUCUUCAUUUAUAAACCUUCACAGGACACGAAAACAGCCAGGAUGUGAGCCAAGCAGCACCACAUGAGGACUAUCGAGACAAAAUGGCAUUGCUUGUGGUUUAUGCCCUCCUGUGGCUGUCCGGUUGGGUCUCUUUCUACUUUAUCCUGUGUAACGUGAACGGGUCACAGGGCUACGAGUGGAACUGUCGACUUGUCACCUUGUUCCAUGGCAUCCUGGCCAUCUGUGUCACAGCAUACAUAGGUUAUGUGGACGGACCCUGGCCAUUCACUUAUCCAGGUACGAAGAACACGCCUUUGCAGAUAAACGCCUUGGUGCUCAGUUUGGGCUACUUUAUUUUUGAUAUGGGCUGGUGUGUGUAUUUCCGCACAGAGGGACCCGUUAUGCUAGCCCAUCACACCAUGAGCAUCCUGGGAAUUGUCUUGACCCUGUGGUUGGGGGAGUCUGGCAUUGAGUCAUGCGCGGUGCUUUUCGGCAGUGAAAUCACCAACCCCCUUUUGCAGGCACGCUGGUUCCUCAGACAGACGGGACGCUACGAGACGCAGCUGGGUGACAUUGUGGACAUCCUGUUUGUGCUGCUGUUUGUGUUCAUGCGAAUCUUUGUGGGAGGCGCAAUGUUGUACUGUGAGCUGAUCUCCCCAAGGCCGAGAUUCUUCAUCAAGUGCGGAGGAGUGGCCAUGUACGCUCUGUCCUGGGUGUUCAUGGUGGACAUUGCUCGAUUUGCUAUUCGAAAGAGCAAGAGUUGGCACAGACAGCACAAAGACGGGCACGCGGAUCACACAGUAGCAGCCAAUGGCCUUGAGGGAAAAACAGACUGAUAGGCAGGAUUUGUUUUUCACACUUUCCUGUUUCUCAAAAGGAAACA